AGAAACUAUUUUCUGUUGCCAACUUAUAAGAAAAGUAUAACUUGAGAUAGAAUAUUUCUUUAAAUGCUGCGUAUAAAUUAAAGAAGUGGAAAUACAUCAGUUCAACAUUGCUUAUAUGUCAAACUAAAAGAAAAAUUUAAAAAAGUAAUUUUCAAGCCAAAAAAUCGAAUGCGAAAUACUUCACACGUUCUUUCGAGGCGAAUGUUAAUGAAAUUUUAAAGUAGGAAAUGUCACAUGCUAGCGUUAAGAGCUUAAGUUUAUCCAAGAAAAGAAAAAUUCGCGAAAACCCAACGCAGAAUGUCGACGCUGGAAUUUCGGCGAAGCGUUCGCGCAAUACAACGCAAUUAAGUCAGUCCGAGCGCGCUAAUACAAGCGGGAUAGAGGACACGAGACGUUGCGGUAAAAUUAUCAGUAUUCACUUAACAAAUUUCAUGUGCCACUCCAAUCUACGAAUAGAGUUUAAUCCCCGAGUAAAUUUUCUUGUUGGACGUAACGGGAGUGGCAAGAGUGCCAUUUUGGCAGCGUUAGUUCUUGGCUUGGGCUGUAACGCUAAAGUCACAAACAGGUCUAAAUCUGCUAAAGAUUUUAUAAAAAUUGGGGAAACUACUGCAAAAAUUGAAAUAACAAUAGCCAACGAUGGGCCUCAGCCUUUUGACCCCGAUGAAUAUGGCGAGUCCAUAACAAUUGUGCGUACUAUCACAACAAGCUCAGGGUAUUAUGCAAUUCGAAAUUCCCACGGCAGGAUUGUAACCAAAAAAUUUGACGAUCUUCAACGCAUUCUCCUAUAUCACAAUAUACAAGCGGAUAAUCCGGUGUUUGUUCUAAAUCAAGACUCUGCCAGAGAAUUUCUAAAGGAAUUGGAACCUUCGAAAAAUUAUCAACUCUUCCUGAAAGCCACUCAAAUCGAUUUAAUUACUGAAAAAUUAGACGAAUGCUUGCAUUUGCACAAAGCACAUCGCGAGGAAUUAGCUACCACCGAGAAAAAAUUACAAUAUAUGGAAAAAGACAUUGCGGUACACAAAGGGAAAUUAAAGGAGCUGAUGGAAUUUGAACAUCUUGGGGAAAAUUUGAACGCUCUAAAUAUCGAAUAUCACUGGCUAUUAGUUAAAGAACAAGAAGACAAGUUAGAUGAAAUCCAUAAAAAAAUAGACAAACAUGAAGGAAAAGUGAACGAGCUUAAUAAACUAAUAAACAAUAAAGAUGAAGUUAAUAGCAUCUUGACGCAGAAAAUUGCAGAAUCCUUUGAAAACAUUAAAGUUAAGAACAAAGAUUACUCUGAUGUCAAUCAAUCGUUACGAAAAAUACGAUGUCAAAUCGACGAAAUCAUUAGAAAGCGUUCAGAAAUUGAGAUGAAAAUAGAAUCAUUAAAGAAGAAAAAAUCGCGCCUGGAAAAACAUAUAAACGACCUAAAGCAACACAUUGAAGAGCGAUCGAAAAGUAAUCAAGAUGAUAUUGAUGCUUUAAGGAGGCAAAAUGAAGAAUCUCUUGCUAAUUAUCGUAAACAAUGCGAAACGAGCUUAACGCCAUUAAUUGAAAGUCUUAAACGAGAGUUAAACAUGUUAAUGGAAAAUAAAUCUCAAAAGGAGUUGAUUAUUGAUAAAAUCAAGCAAGAGCACGGAAGUUGUUCCCAUAAGAUAUCUACAAUUGAUAACCAAAUGACAACUGUGAAAGAAAGCAUUAAAAACAAGAUGCUUAUCUACGGUAGACAUAUGCCGGAACUCUUGAAAGAAAUUAAAAAAGCUCACGCUGACGGAAAGUUUUCUGUUCCACCAAUGGGACCAGUAGGAGCUUAUCUUCAGGUGCCCAAUAAUCAGUAUCGGGAGUCUGUAGAAAGUCUUAUUGAUGCUAAAACGUUACAAGCAUUUAUUUGUGAUAAUGCUAGCGAUCGUCGAACGUUUGAACAUAUUUUGAGUAAAUUAUCUAAAGAAAAUCAUCAUAUGAUUAUAACUACAAAAUUUAUGCGUCAGGUUUAUGAUGUCAGUAAUGGGCGGGUUAUACCGCCAUCCGGUACGUCUUUAUUAAUGGAACUAAUUGAGUGCCCAAAUCCGGUAGUAAUGAAUUUUUUGAUCGAUCGAAUGCGUAUUGAAACCAUACUUCUUACUGACAAGAAGGAUAUCGCCGAAAGCAUUACUUCUAUUAGAGAAAACGUUCCAAACAAUUUAAGUAAAGUUGUUGUGCUUUGUUCUGAUUCUGCUCACUUGGAAUAUUAUCCGGUACCUCACUAUCGGAUGUAUUCAAACAAGAUUCGUCGACCUAAAUAUCUGCACAUCAAUGUAAAUGAACGUAUCAAAUAUUUAGAAGUUGAAAAGAGUAAACUAGAAAAUCAAUUAAGCAGUUUAAAAAAGGAUUUGGAGGGUGUGGUUCCACAGCUGUGUAAAGAUAAGGAACAAAUCCAGAAUAAGCGUGCUUUAUUGGAGGAGAAGGAAGGAGCCUUAAUGGAAAUGCUACAGAAAAUCGCUGAUUUAGACAAUGUUGAAUACGCCGAUUAUAACAACGAGUUGCAACUAUUAAAAAAUGAAAUUGAGGAACGCGACUUUCUUUUAAUUGAAAUUGAUCAGGGCGUCAAUGAAAAUGAUCUUGAAUUAAAUAAAUUUAAAAGCCAAGAAGAAGCUUUCAAAGACGAUUAUGGACGGAAGAAAAAUAAACUUCAGGAAAUACAAAAUGAAAUUGAAGGAAUGAAGGCCGAUUUAGAUAAACUGAAACUAAAAUUGCGUAACAUUAAUGAUAAUGAAGCUUUAAAUAAAGACAGACUAGAAGGCUUAACGAAACAGUGUAAUCAAUUCGAGACGGAGAAAAAUAAAAUUAUAAAAUUGAUUAACACAGCAAAGCAGUUUGCUGAGCAAAAAGGAGAACGUUUGAUAAGCAAUUUAACUGUUGAUGAGGUUCUCAUGCAAAUGGCAAGAAUUAAAGCUAAGUUAGAAAGGGGAAGACCUAUUGAUUUGGAUCAAGAUUCUUUGCAAGAUCUAAUUGCACAUAAAGAGAGAGAAUUGGAAACCAAACGUUUAAUAUAUGAUAACCUAAAAACAUCGAUAGAUUCGUUGCGUGCUUCACUAAGGCAUCGUUUCGAUUUUAUUAAAAAAUUUAAGGGUCAUAUGAGUAUGCUUCUUACAAUGAGUUUUGAGAUGAUAUUACGAUUACGUAAUUAUGUCGGUAAUUUAGUACCUGAUCAUCAAAAUAAAACUUUGAAAAUAUCAGUAAUUCCUAGAGAUCAUGACACGGCGUCCGUAUCGAGUGCCCGCGCUUUAUCUGGCGGAGAACGCUCUUAUUCGACAGUCGCAUUUUUGAUUUCGCUGUGGUCCUGCGUAGAUCAUCCAUUUUAUUUCCUCGACGAAUACGAUGUGUUUACGGACGAAGUUAAUCGAGAAUACAUGACACGUUUACUAACUGAAGAAGGCCGAAAUCACGCUUGGCGCCAAUAUUCUUUUUUAACACCUCAGGACAUGAGUUUAGACCCAGAGAAUUUUAUUAGAAUCCAUCGACUUGCCGAACCUGAUCGUCAUUAAUUGCUCUGCAAACCUGAUAAAUUUAUUAUAAUUAAAUCAACUAAAGUCUUCAUUUAAAUAUUAUUACUUUUUAUCUUUUCUGUGAAAUUCCAUCAACAAGUAUUAUUUUGAUUAAUUUCCACAUAUGACAUAAGUUUCUUUAUGAUCAGCACAUUUGCAGGCCUAAACGAGUGGCAUUUUUGAUAUAAUUUUCGCUAAUUUUCAAUUUGUGUGUUAUUUCGUUUUCUUGUAAGCAUUUCACAACUUUAACGUAUCUACCAAAAUCUAUUGCUCCGUUAAGCGCUUGUUAUUCUAUUCUGGCAAUCUACAUGUCCAUUAAAGUGAUGUCUUCCAAUGCUAAAUUGACCAAAUAAGAACAAAAAAGUCAUUUCAAUAAAUGACUAAAUUUAAAACGAAAAAUCGAUAUCGUUUUGCGUUGAUUUCUUAGCUAGUGUAGGAUACCAAGUCUUUUUACUUUAGUUUUUAAGCGAUUCUUAUAAAUUUUAACCAAAUAUACAUCGUCAAUGAAACAUGCUACAUACAUGUAAAAAAUGAUUUGGUAUUUGUGCUGCUUGAAUUUAAACCCAAUAAGCUGUAUGUGUUUCUUUGCGAAGAUACAGAUUUAAGAAUGCAAGUUAGUUUAAGUACGACAUAGGUAAAUCGCGCGUAUUAAGGAAAGUUGCUUUAAGAGACUUUAAGUCUGAUAAUGUGAAUAAACAAGACAUCAUUUAGGUUUCUGCAAACUAUUAUGAGCGGGUUAAAGUGCUCAUAAUUGUAUUUACAUUGACUAAGUGCCUAGAGAAGCGAUUAGGGACAUUUAAGCUUAUCUUACUAAGUAAUGCGGGCUAGUUUAUAGUACCAUUUAUUACUUUGAUUAAGAAGGAAACCCCAAGAACAAAUCUGCGUUUUUCAAGUGACGGUAAGAAUAAUAGAAGCAACCUAUUCUCGUAGGGGGGAAGAGCGGUAAUCGGGUCCCAACCCAAAUGCCUAAGGCCAAACAGCAAGAAUUGCUUUUGAGCAGAUUCAAUUGCAUCGACAUAGC